CACCUCAGUUCGUUGUUUUGCUUUUAAUUAUGAAUGGUUGAUGGUUGUGAGCUAUGUAUAAAAAAGACGUGUGCUUCAGGCGCGAUAGUCAUUCUUUUGACGUUUGCGAUAGAAUGAACACAAUCUGCGUGUUAAUGUUGUUCGUUCUGCUGGCAAUAGGAGUAGCAGCUCUGCCUCCUUUUCCAGGCAACGAUCCUACCGUAUCUAUUCUGUCCUACAAAAAUGACCAGGACUUGGAAAAAAUUCAGCGGGAGAUCAUAGCGCAAUACGAAAGGUUUGGAGGAACCACCUAUGUGCACAAGCCACUGACGGCCAGAAUUAUUAACCCAGCCAGCAUAGGGACUAACAUUUAAUACUCCCCGAAAAUAAAUCGUUAAUUUUUGUGAAUUGUA